GACGACGCGGAAGCCAGACACGAACCGCCGAAACAAGUCGCGGAAUCCAACGUCCCCGCUAGGAAUAUCAGGUUCUUGUGGCGGUCGCGAGACAAUCGAAAGGGCAGACAUCCUCUCCUUGUCCAGCAAGCGCGUGCUGGAGAGGAUGCGCCAUUCGUGACGCCGAGGCGAUCGUCGCAUCCCAAGGAGGUUAUGAAAACCAUCAUCAAGACGUUUAUAUAUUAUCCAUUCUGGGAUAUUUCGUGGCUGGUGGCCUUUAUCUUUACGUGGGGAAGCGUGGUCUGGGUCAUAAACGCCUUCUUCGUGUGGCUUCCCGUGGCAGCCCCCUCUACCGAGUUUGACGGCGAAAUCACCGAUGGCGGCGGUAUAACGGCCUUUAUCGGCGCGAUAGUCUUUUUCGAGCUCGGUUCCAUCUUGCUCAUCUUCGAGGCCAUAAACGCGAAUAGUGCAGGCUGCUUUGGCUGGGCCGUUGAGCAAUUGGUCGAUGGUGAGAAGAAUGGUAGGCCGAAGCUGCAAGUGGUUGCGGCCCACAGACAUUGCCACCAUCAUCACCAGAAUAGGCGCAACCUUGUUGGGAAAGCCUCGUCAGCCACCUUGGCCGAAGCUCGUCCGGAUUCCAGCAGUGCAGAUGACAAGAAGCAAUGGCAGUGGUUCCCGUCCUGGCAUGAACUGCGCACGCAUUGUCUUCAUGAACUGGGCUUCCUUGCUGGGUGUGCACAGCUCUUUGGCGCCACUGUCUUUGGCGUCUCUGGCUUUACCGCGCUGCCGGGCAUACAGAACCACCUCACGCCGCAGUGGCGGCUCAAUGCUGCGUACUGGAUCCCCCAGGUCGUUGGCGGCAGCGGCUUCAUUGUCAGCAGCUCACUGUACAUGUUGGAAACGCAGCAGAAAUGGUGGAAGCCCGCGCCGCAACUUUUGGGGUGGCAUAUUGCCUUUUGGAAUCUCGUGGGAGCGUUUGGAUUUACGCUCAGUGGCGCGCUGGGGAUGGCGUAUAAUAACUCGGGGGCACAGUAUGAGGCCGGGUUGGCUACGUUCUGGGGUUCCUGGGCUUUCUUGAUUGGUAGCUACUUGCAGCUUUAUGAAAGUUUGAACAAGCAUCCUGUGGAAGAAGCGUCGUCGAUGAAG